AUGGACUGGAGUCAAGUAGAUGUCAAUAGAGUGUUUACUGAUAGUAUAGUCAUUUCAAAUCCCGAUAGACUUCCUUUUUAUCGUUACGCUGUUAUAGACAAAUCUUACAGUGACGAGGGGUUUUAUGAUGUGACAGUUGGACCUGUUGUAUGUAAAUCAGGAAAUUUGACCUGUCCUGGAUUAUAUAGAUGUCAACAGUCAACCACUUGUUUGUUAUUUGAUGAGGUUUGUGACAACAUUAGACAAUGUCCUCAUGGGGAUGAUGAAGUUGGAUGUUAUGUCACAUGUCCUAUUGGGUGUUCAUGUGAAGGUUUAGCAAAUUGGUUAUUUAUUAUGAAUCUUGGUGUUGCAGACAUGUUGAUGGGUGUGUACCUAGGGAUCAUUGCUUUUGUUGAUAUGUACUACUCUGGAAACUACAUUUUACAUGACAGAGAAUGGCGAGAUAGUACUGUAUGUAAAUUUGCAGGUAUCCUUGCGGCCAUUUCAUCUGUGGUCCCGAUUUUUGAAACGGCAUAUUUUAAUAUGUUUUAUUCCAGAACAGCAGUUUGUUUGGCUUUACCAUUUUCCCGACAGAAAGUCAGCGGAUGGGAAUAUUCAACAGCUAUUUUCGUGUUUUUCAAUUGUACUGCGUUUAUUGUAAUAGCUUGGUGCCAAUUGUCAAUUUACCAAAUAGCUAAAAGUAGUAAUAGAAUAAUGACGAAGAGGACAAAACAAGACCUAACACUGGCUAGACGAUUAUUCUUAAUUGUUUUAACGGACUUUCUAUGUUGGUUUCCCGUUGGAAUAAUGGGUAUACUAGCAAUGGCUGGUCAAGUAUUUCCGUCAGAAGUUUAUUCUUGGGUAGCUGUAUUUGUGAUGCCACUAAAUGCAGCAUUGAACCCUUUUCUUUAUACGUUUUCAACAAUAAAGCAGAUGCAUCUGAUGAAAUUUGCAUGGCUUCUGUAUUUAUCAACAAUGCACAGAUUCUUCAGACGAGGCACAUAA